CCAUAGCAAUACUUCAAUGAAAACAUUCAUUAGAGAGAAAUAAAAAUGGCUUUUAAAAGUGUUCGAGAUUUCGCUGAACAUCUGAAGCUUAUCGGUUAUCAAGAAAAUAUUCCUCUUGCUUUAUUAAGCACAUUUAAUGGAAAUGAAACGUCAUUUAAAGCAUAUUCAAAUAUUCUGAUUUGGCUUAUCAAAUGUCUUGAUCCAGAUGCGUUGAUUCAUCAAGACUCUCAUACUGAAGCUGAUCGUGUAUUGUUGAUAAGAACCACGACAGAGUUUCUGGCAGUCUCAGCUGGAAUUAAAUUAAAUCCACGAAAACUUUACGCCAGUAAUUGUGCAACAGCAAAAGAGUUACUGAAGGUGACGUCAGCAUUGUUGAAUGCACCAGAAGAUUUACAUGAAGAUGAGAAUCAAGUCAUCAACUUUGAAGAUUCAAUAAGCAAAGAUCAGAUAAGAAAAAUUCGAAAUCUCUCAACUGAACUUACAACACAUGGCGUGAAUAUGUUUGAUUUUGUCUCAAAAGAAACAAUUAAUAAGGAGACUCGAUCACAGUUUUCAAGACCAUUGGAAUUGAAUUCGGUUGAGAAAUCUUUGAAGCAAGCAAUUCAAGCGAUAAAAAAUCAACUCGAAUCUGGAAAGUCAACAAUUGAAAGCCAAUUGAAUGAAAAAUCAAAUUUGGAAUCGAAAAUUCAACGAAAGGAAUCAGAACUUGAAAGAACAAGUCAUCGUUUGGCAACACUUCAACGUAUUCGACCAGCUUAUCUGGAAGAGUUUGAGAAGAUUGAAGUUCAGAUGAAAGAACUUUACAGGCAGUAUACAAUGCGGAUCAGAUGUUAUGAUGCCAUGAAAAUAUUUUUAAACAACAACACCUCAACACCAGCAUCGUUUUCUCCUUUGCAGAAAGUUCACGAUAGCUCGAUUCCGAUUUUACCAGAAGAAGGUCUGACUGAUGAUGAAGACGAUGGCGAUAACAACUCAAACGAUACAGAUUUCAAAGACGAUCAAUCACUCUUGAAUCAAGACAUUUUCAAGCAAGUUUCCAAUCGUUUGAUAUCUCGAAAUGAAAGGAAAACAGAAUCAAGUGAUAGAAAUUUGAAAACUUCUGUUGAUUUGAGUGUUUCAGAAUCAUCGCCCGAAAGUGAAGACUUGGAAAGUGGUGAACUUGAAUUUAUAAUGGAUAUCGAUAAAGGCGAAGAGAGAUUGAUGAAUUUUAAACGAGAAGCUAACAAUAAGAAUGAGAUCAGCGAUGAAGACUUUUAAAUUUUUUAUGUCAGCACGAUGAAUGUGAGGGAAGAAUUUCACUUGUCAAAUUUAAUAAAUAAAUGUUUAUAAU